UUUGAUGUAAUUUAAAAAUACGAUAUAAAGCGAAUUUAGCAGACGGUCACCUUCUUCGGCAAAACUUGCCGUGCGUAGAGCGAAAAAGAAAACCUGUUUGACGUUUCUGCAUAUGAAGCCACCGGUGUUUUGCGUUUAGCGCUUUUUGGUUUUCGUGUGAUUUCUGUUAUAUAUUUGGCUUUUAUUUUGGUUUCAAAAGUGAAAUAAUUUAAUUUAUAUUCUAACAAAGUACAAAAAAAUGUCAGAUGAUGAAGAUGUACAAUACGUAAAACGACCGCGUACAAUUCAUUACGGCUCAUUGGAAGAAGCUGAACGUAAGCGACAGUCGGCGGCACAAUUGGAGGAUAUAGAUUCAGAUGAAGAUUAUGAAGAUCAAAAAAAGCCAGCAGCUGCAGCUGCAGCUGCACCUGUGGCGGCACCUCCACCAACGGCUGGUGUAUUGGCGAAAAAAAUCGAUGAGGAAUAUUACGAUUUAGAAACCGAAGUUGCUAAGGAUAAAGUUGCACUACUUGAAGAGUUUGAGAGAAAACGACGUGCAAGACAAAUUAAUGUGUCAACUGAUGAUGUUGAGAUUAAACGUAAUUUACGACAUUUAAAUGAACCGAUUUGCUAUUUCGGCGAAGGACCAGCGGAAAGAAGGCGUCGUCUGAAAGAAUUAUUAGCAAACUUAGGUGAAAAUGCUAUAAAGCAAAAGCAAACAGAAGAGGAGGAACGUAAACAGUUGCAAAGAGAACAAGAAAGUACAUGGUAUCAUGAAGGCCCAGAGACGUUGCGAGUAGCCAGACUUUGGAUUGCUGAUUAUUCACUGCCGCGCGCUAAGGUGCGUUUAGAGCGUGCACGUGAAGCACUUGAUGUGCCAAGUGCUACACGUGCUGGACAAAUGGUAGAGUUGCAAAAGCGUUUACAGUCAUUAGUUCCACAAUGUAGUCAAGUAGGUGAUAACCGUCCAGUUAGUGCAGCAGCAUUUAGUGAUGAUUCCAAAUUAUUGUUAACUUCUUCAUGGUCAGGACUUUGUAAGUUGUGGUCAGUACCAAAUUGUGAGUUGCUACAGACAUUACGCGGACAUGCCUCCUAUGUAGGUGGUGUUGCUUUUCGGCCGAAUGUACGCCAAAGUGAUAAAAAUAUUGUCGCUAUGGCAUCAGGAGGGCAUGAUGGUGCAGUGAAAUUAUGGGGCUUUGAUUCUGAGGAAUCAAUAGCUGAUAUAACUGGCCAUAUGCCCCAUAGAGUAUCUAAAUUGGCGUUUCAUCCAUCUGGACGAUUUUUGGCAACAGCAUGUUAUGAUUCUUCAUGGCGUUUAUGGGAUUUGGAACAAAAGACUGAAGUUUUGCAUCAAGAAGGACAUGCUAAAGCGGUGCAUUGCCUUAGUUUUCAACAAGAUGGUAGUGUUAUAGUAACAGGAGGUCUAGAUGCUUUUGGACGUGUUUGGGAUUUACGAACUGGACGCUGUAUCAUGUUUUUGGAAGGACAUUUAGGGUCUAUUUUCGGUGUUGAUUUUUCACCAAAUGGGUUUCAUAUAGCCACUGGCUCACAGGAUAAUUCAUGUAAAAUAUGGGAUUUAAGAAGACGACAACCAGUAUACACUAUACCUGCACACGUUAAUCUUAUUUCUGAUGUUAAAUAUCAACGUGAGAGUGGUAGUUUCCUCGUAACCUCCUCCUAUGAUUGCACUACAAAGAUAUGGUCAAAUAAAACGUGGCAACCAUUGAAGACACUGCAGGGACAUGAUGGCAAAGUAGUUGCUGUAGAUAUUGCACCCGAUUCUCAGCAUAUAGUCACUACUUCAUUUGAUCGUACAUUCAAAUUAUGGGCGCCCGAAAGUUGAUUUAAAAUUAUAUUUUAUUUUAUCCCAUUUUUAUAACAAUUUAAUUUGUUUAGUUUUUGUACCAAAAUUAUUUAAGAUUUCAAUAAUUCUUUUAUUAUUUGAUUCUUACAAAACUGUUAUUGAGACACUUAUUAAUUGUUGUUCACGUGUCCAACUCAUAGGCAUAAUUUUUGUUUUUAUUUGUUAAAACGAC